AUGGACAUCGACGAAGCAGAACCUCCUUCGCAAGAUGAUCAGCCAACAGAUUGGCGCAAGGAACACAUCAAUUACCUUGCUGAAGGUUUAUUGCCUACCGAGAAAUGGGAUGCGCGGCGACUGAAGCGACGUAGCGCACACUACGUUGUCAUGGACGGGGAACUACACAGAUGGACCGCGACAAAGGUGCUACUCAAAUGUAUCUCUGGCGAAGAACCGAGACUAGUCAUGGCCGAAACACAUGAAGGAGCAGCAGGCAAUCACUCGGGCGGACGAGCUCUCGGAUUAAAAGUAAAGAAUCUCGGAUUCUACUGGCCAACCAUGAACGCCGACUGCGAGACAUACGUGCGCAAGUGCGACAAAUGCCAGGCGAGACAUAUCUUCAGGAGAAGCAGUACCGAGAGCUUGGAACUCCAAACAUCUCCGCCUCUUCCACCCUUAGUCGAGACGAAGGCCGUACCGAGUAAAUGCACCACUAAGGACACUUUUACUCGCUCUCUGCAAACGGCGAAAGAACGACCAACGGUCACGUUCUCUCUAUAA